UCAUCUGAGUCAUGACUGUUUAUUGACAACGACGACAGAUAGCAAGCAAAGUCCGAAUAGUGUCCUGUCUUUUAUUAAGAAUAACACCACCGACGAAAAUAUCUGAAAAUUAUAUUGACUAUGAGUGUCCAUCAAUCACAUUGUGACAAAUGUGUGAAAUUAAAUUGUGACGAUGAUUCGUGUAAAUUCAUUGACUGCCGACAAGCCGGAUGUGAAUUCCGAAUGCAUGAGUGCAAGCAACAGGAUCACUUGGACAGUAUAUGUUCCAGGGUACGUGUGCCUUGCAUCAAUUCCGAAUCCGGUUGCACGUUCGUGGUACUGAGACACGAUCUGCGGACGCAUUUGGAAAGAUGUCCAGCGUCAGCCGUAAGUUGUUCGUUCGUGAACAAUAACAGAAUUCGGACUGAUAAUUGCUGUCGCUGGCGAAUGGAAAGCAAAUUCAAGGAUCAUUUUAAACAACACGUUGUACGUGACGAUUCCACAUUGAGUUCACAUGUUAACGAAGAGCGUGCAAGUGGAGAACUCAAACUGAAGCAAGUCUGUGGUAGCGAUUUUAGAAGGGACGAGUACUGUUCACAUUAUCAAAACUUACAUUGUGAUAUAAUGCCAUCUCUAAAUGGUUGGAUGGAAAAAUUCUGUCCGAAUCAACAAUACGGUUGCACGUUCAGUACGAAACGAAUUCAGCCCACCUGCAAUAACAAACGUACGCAGAUUGUCUUCAGCGAACAGAAUAAAGCAUUUGGUCAUUUGGUGUCGGCACUUGCAACAAAUCAUUCUUCUAACGACGACGUGAACCUAACGCAGCUACCUCCAGAAAUUAUUUCACACAUUCUGAGCUAUUUGGACUCGUUCAGUCUGAAUAACAUUUCACUCACCAAUAAGUUGUUACGGUCGCUAAGCUGUGACCUGUUGGAGCGUAAAGGUCUGGUGACAUUGAUUUGGAAACGAGAGGUUGUAGAAUGCAUUGAAGGCAGUAGAAUGCAUUGGACCAUUGCCGGUUACCGAUGGAAGUUUAGUAAUCAUUUUUCGUUGAUUAAAAAAUGGGAGCUCGUCGAAGAGCCGUUUCUGAAUCAUUUUGCCAACGAGUGCAAACAUUUCGAUAAAUUGAUUCAUAGCGAACCGUUCCAACUUAUUGACAUAAGCGUUAAGGAAGAAGAGAAUGCAUUUUUUGUGCUAGACUGAUAGAUGUUACGAUUAGGACGUUUUCGUAAUAAAACCUUUUUUAUAUUGACAA